CUCCCCUAGCCCAGAUGUGGCUCAGAUUUAAAAGGCAGAUGGAGCAGACCGUUAUUCCCUAUCCGAAUUCGCAGAUUCAAUUAUAUAUGGAUCCCUAAAUCUAUCUUCUCUACUUUCCCUCUCUCCAUUCUCUCUCACACACUGUCACACACAUCCUGGCAGCGCAGAACGUCGUCUCUACUUUUCACCAGGUACCAGCAUUGUAGACCACUAAUCUUGAAAGUGUGUUGUAUUAUCAGUGUGAGGACAAGCAUGCACAUUACACAAGUGGAAGAAAUAACGCAAUCCUAUAAAGUAAAAUUCAAUGGUAUCAUUAGUGUUGAAGUCUAUUUGAAUGUUGAACUGGAAUAAGUUUAUUUUUCUAGUUACCAAUGUGAUCAAGGCCGGCCAUGCCUGCUAUGAAGAAGUUUGUGAAUUUUGGUGGAUCUGUGUCUUUGAUUGUAAUCAGAAUGCUGAAUACAUUGGGGUUGGACAGAUAUUCAGUAAAUUAGUGAAGGAGAUUGGAAGUCCUGUUGAUUUUGAACUUCCAGAAUCAUAUAACAAAUGGAAGUCUACAUCUUACUGCUCCAUCAGACGCAAUGUGUAUCUAACGAAGAAGGUUAAAAAGCGCUCGAAGGAUAAUGAUAGCUCUUGUUCCUGCAGCUCAUCAAAUGGAUCUUUGGGUGUUUGUGGUAGAGAUUGCCUCUGCAGUAUGCUGUAUACAUGCUGUUCCUCUAGCUGUAAUUGUGGGACCUCGUGUCUGAAUAAGCCAUUUAAUCAAAGGGUUUCUAAGAAGCUGAAAGUUGUCCAGACUGAGAAAUGUGGAAUGGGUGUUGUGGCAGAAGAAAACAUCAGUAAAGGAGAUUUUGUGAUAGAAUAUGUUGGAGAAGUAAUUGAUGAUAAAACAUGCGAAGAAAGGCUCUGGAAAAUGAAGGGCCGGGGGGAAACAAACUUUUAUCUAUGUGAAAUAAAUAGGGACAUGGUGAUUGAUGCCACUUACAAAGGAAACAAGUCAAGAUACAUUAAUCACAGUUGCUGUCCAAAUACCGAGAUGCUCAAAUGGACAAUUGAUGAUGAAACAAGGAUUGGGAUAUUUGCAACCCGUAAUAUUAAAAAGGGCGAGCAUCUGACCUAUGAUUAUCAGUAUGAUUUGUGCCUGCUAUUAACUGUUUCCACUGUCAUCGUCUUUCUUACUUUCUUGAGACCUCAAGGUCAAAUUCAAGUCUGCAUAAAUGGAGUUCCAGGUGUAGAAGGUCCUGGUCAUGAUCCUUCUCAGCAUAAAAGAAGGCGCAGCAAUUGCGUAGGUUCAGUUAUAAGAAUUUAUAAUUUUUCUGAUACAAGGUCAUUUGGGAUAAUUAGACACUUUGACAACACAACGAGGAAACAUUUGAUCAUGUUUGAGGAUGGAAGUUCUGAGUUCCUAGACUUGUCCAAAGAAGACUGGGAAUUUUGUAAUUCUGCAGCACAUAGAGGAAGAGGGUCGAACCGUAGAAAGAAAGCUGAAGAAAUGGAUGCAGCGUAUUCAUGGCUGCGACGAAGUGUUUCCAACCUCAGAAAGACGACUUCACCCUCCUCAACAACCACCAUCGCCACCUACGCCGCUGCUCCGUAUUCUAAUCGGAGCUCCGAAAACAAAUUACAGGAAGAGGAAGAGGAAGAGGAAGAGGAGAAAACCUACGGAAUAACUGAUCAAUUGAUAGAUUUCGUCAAGUCCUUCACUCUAGAAACCUUCAAUAACUUCUCUCUCCCUAAUGAAGACGAAAGUCGUUGUGACGGUGGGAAUUCUGGGCAUUUGCGGAGGGAUCUUUCUGAUUGGCAAGAAAAACAUGCUAUGCUUGUUUUAACCAGAGUCAAGGAACUAACACAACUACGAUUUCAGUUAUGCCCUCGCCAUUUGAAGGAAAGGCAGUUUUGGAGAAUAUACUUCAGUCUUGUUAAGAGUUUCGUGGCAGAAUAUGAGCUGCGAGCUGUACAAUUAGCCAAACUCAGACUGAUGAGAAUGGGAAAUGAAACUGCCUCUAACAGUAGUCCAUGUGAAGUUGAAAUGGUGGAAUUGUUCCUUGGUCCUGUGAUUCAGUUUUAUCUUAUGGGAAAACAUGGAAAUGAUGCUAAAUUAAUAUAUCGUCGUCUACUGGAGAGUGGAGACAGAGAGGCUCUGUACUGAAGCCUAUUCUACCUUGUAAGCAGUACUUUUUUUUUUUUCUUAUUAUU